GGGGGCCGGAGGGGGGCCUGAGGGGGCCGGGGGGGCGGCGGGGAUGCGGGGAGGGGGCGGCGGGUGAGGGGCGAGGCCCCGGCGCUGCAUCCCCGCCGUCCGUCCCGUCAGGGCCGGCGCCAAGAUGGCGGAGGAGGGCGGCGAGGAGAAGAAGCAGGUGGCCAAGUUCGAGCUGGAGCGCGAGACGGAGCUGCGCUUCGAGGUGGAGGCCUCGCAGACGGUGCAGAUGGAGCUGCUCACCGGCAUGGCCGAGGUGUUCGGCACCGAGCUGACCCGCAACAAGAAGUUCACCUUCGACGCCGGCGCCAAGGUGGCCGUCUUCACCUGGCACGGCUGCACUGUGCAGCUCAGCGGGCGCACCGAGGUGGCCUACGUGUCCAAGGACACCCCCAUGCUGCUCUACCUCAACACGCACACGGCCCUGGAGCAGAUGCGCCGGCAGGCGGAGCGCGAGGACGAGCGGGGGCCGCGCGUCAUGGUGGUGGGCCCCACCGACGUGGGCAAGUCCACCGUGUGCCGCCUGCUGCUCAACUACGCCGUGCGCCUGGGGCGCCGGCCCACCUUCGUGGAGCUGGACGUGGGCCAGGGCUCCGUCUCCAUCCCCGGCACCAUGGGCGCCCUCUACAUCGAGCGGCCAGCCGACGUGGAGGAGGGCUUUUCGCUGCAGGCCCCGCUGGUCUACCACUUCGGCUCCACCACGCCCGGCACCAACAUCAAGCUCUACAACAAGAUCACAUCCCGGCUGGCCGACGUCUUCAACCAGCGGUGCGAGGUGAACCGCCGCGCCUCGGUGAGCGGCUGCGUCAUCAACACGUGCGGUUGGGUGAAGGGCUCGGGCUACCAGGCGCUGGUGCACGCCGCUUCCGCCUUCGAGGUGGACGUGGUGGUGGUGCUGGACCAGGAGCGGCUCUACAACGAGCUCAAGAGGGACCUGCCCCACUUCGUGCGCACCGUGCUGCUCCCCAAGUCGGGCGGUGUGGUGGAGCGCUCCAAGGACUUCCGCCGCGAGUGCAGGGACGACCGCAUCCGGGAGUACUUCUACGGCUUCCGGGGCUGCUUCUACCCCCACGCGUUCGACGUCAAGUUCUCCGACGUGAAGAUCUACAAGGUGGGGGCUCCCACCAUCCCGGACUCCUGCCUGCCGCUGGGGAUGUCGCAGGAGGACAACCAGCUGAAGCUGGUGCCGGUGACGCCGGGCAGGGACAUGGUGCACCACCUGCUGAGCGUCAGCAUGGCCGACAGCGCCGAUGACAACAUCUCGGAGACCAGCGUGGCCGGCUUCAUCGUGGUCACCGGCGUCGACCUGGAGCGCCAGGUCUUCACCGUGCUCUCGCCCGCGCCUCGCCCCCUGCCCAAGAACUUCCUCCUCAUCAUGGACAUCCGCUUCAUGGACCUCAAGUAGCGCCCACGGGGCGCCGAGGGGCGUGCGGGGGGACGCGCCCCAUCCCACGGGGGGCUCCCGGGGGCUGGGUGUGCCCUGCGGGCCGCUGCGGUGACAGUGCGCCAUGGCACGUGCCGGGUGAGCGGUGCCCGCCCCCCGCUUUUAUACUUUUUGUAGCUUUUCUUAUUAAAUCCCUGCCUUUUG